AAUACAACCACUUAUAAAUCUAGUAACUUUAUUCCUUUAAUUUGAUUCAUUUACACAGCAUAUCAAAACAACAAGUCAGCAAAAAUAUGUGUCAUAUUCUUGUUUGCAAAUCUUUUUGAAAUUGCUGCUUUAAAAUCUAUAUAGACAUAACAUAGCAUUUUUGAAUAAACAAUCGUCUCUAAGAGCUCAAAACGGAUAACGAACUUGCAGUAUUUAUCUGAUAGUGGUCGUAUCACCAUGAAUCGAAUAGUGAUAUUUGGAGCUACAGGAAACACCGGAUUAUGUGCUUUAAAUAGUGCUGUAAAUAAGGGAUUUAAUGUAAGAGCAUUCGUCAGAGAUGAAGGCAAAGUACCGGCAAACUUGAAAGACAAAAUCGAAAUAGUUGUCGCAGAUGUUACUAAUCCAGAACAAGUUUCAAGUGCAAUAUCCAACAGGGAUGCAGUGGUUGUUGUGCUUGGUACACGGAAUGACUUGACAUUUUUGUUCUACAAGCCUGAAGCAGUGCCUAGUAUAUUUAAAGAUUUAAAUGCAGACCAUCAACGUAUGUUUGACCUUCUUAAAGAAAGUAAAUUAAAAUGGAUUGCAAUAUUACCACCUCAUAUUGCAGACGUACAAAACUCAAAAUAUGUAAUCAAACAUGAUGAAUCUCCCGGUCGGGCUAUUUCCAAACAUGAUUUAGGGGCUUUUCUCAUUGAAAGUCUUCAACAGCCAGAGCAUUAUCAGAAAGUUUGUGGUAUUGCCAAUGUUGCUUAAUAUAACAAGAAAUACAUCUUGUAAUGCGUGCAAAAUUAAAAAAAUAUUUUGAAGGCUUUUGAUUUUUAAACGUAUAAAAAAAUAAAUAGGAAAUUUGCAGAAACAACAACUUGUACAAAAUGUAUUGUAUUGAUACUAGGAAACUGUAAACUAUUAGAAAAUAGUUCUGAUUCUAAACAUCUGUUGGAAUGGUUGUAAUUAUGUUUUGUAAAGAAGAACAUGUGUGCAUGAGAAGUAGCUUUUGUAUUUAAAAACUAUUAAAAAAAUAACUUUUUAGAUAAAUAAAUAAAUAAUACGCGUAUAUAUGGAAUAUAAAAGAAUCUUGAAAAAGAAAUAAAAAUAAAAUUAUCUGUCACUGUGAUGACAAUCUUUUUACCAUAUGUGUUCUGUGUGUUAAGACACCUAAAUCAUAGAACUUUGGCAUUUGAUAGUUUGGCAAUGGAGGUGGUGGCGGGCCACAAGAUUGUGUACUUUUCUCUUUAAGCUUUGCUUUAGUAAAUGCUGCACUAGAAUACACAACAUCAUUGAUGCCUGAUGCUUUAAAUGGAUCACAGGUUUUAUAUCCAUUUUUUAAGUAAAAAAGUUCUUGGCCUUUAGUUAUUAAAUAUACAUUUUUAAUUCCUCUCUUUGCUACAUGUUCUUCGGCUCCACGUAAUAAUCUAGAUCCUAGACCUUGUGAUCUACGCUGAUAGUCAAUUAUCACUGACUGUAUAAAACAACUAUGACGUAAUCUAGGUAUCAAAGAUACUUUACAAUGACCAAGGACCCUCUCUUCUUUGUCUAUUAGUAUAAGGCAUAUAGGAAACUCAUCACACGAUACAGAUAGAAAUUUUAACCGUGCAGUUUCACUUCUUGGCCAUUCAGAAUUCAGUAAAGUGCAACAGUCUGGAAUCAAAUCCGGUCGUUUAUGAAGCGGUAUUAUUCUAUAUUCCUUUUCAAUAGUGGUCAUAAUUUUUCUGCAAUUAUGAAUUAUAAUAAAAUUUUUGUGGAAUUCAACAUUUUUCAACUUUAAGAUAUUUCAAAGAGGGAACGAUACAUAUUUCGAACUGUUUAUGAUAACAAUCAAUAAUGAAACUAAAAAAUUGAAAAAAAAUUAUACUAAUAAGAUGACGUUAUUGAAAAGUAUACAAAUAUACAUGUUUAAAUUUUGUGAUAUUAUUACGUAAAAUAUCUAUUUUUAUAAGCUACGGUCAUGGAGUAAUAAUUUUUACACUUUCGGGGAAAGGAACUAAAAAUAUCAAUAAUGAGAAAUUAUUGUUAUAUUUCUAUGUAAAUUAUAAUAAGUGGACAUUGAAAAAGAAUUAAAUAAUAAACAUUAAUCGUAUUAAUUUUAUGUGAGAAAAAUUCUUGUUCUACUAAAGCAAACAGAUAAUCGGAACUUAUCUAAAUGAUUCGUUUAGCGUGCAACAACCUGUGAUUGACAGGUAUCGAAAAAUAGAAAGUAACAUGUGUGAACACAAGUGUAAUAAAUAGCUUGGUGCAGAUGUCCUUACCGUAUUUUUCUGACUGAACGAUGAGAACUUGACACGUAAGUUUAAAGGUCACUGUGCUUCACCUGCUAUACGUAUCCCGUGUGGAAAUAGCUUUGAGAUUAAUAUCUUGAGCCAGGAAUGAUACUUCUGUCGUACAUAUCCCCACUGUUAUAUAAAAUUUUCGCAGCACCCAGCGGCAUUAUAAAAUACAUCACCUCGUUUCGAAUCAUUUUGUCUAUCGACACGCUUCUCCGUCUCACGAUCGUACUUUUAUUUGUUAAUUUUGGAAAAGAAUUUUACAUCGCAUUACAGCGAAAAAUAUCUGUACCAUUCUUUAAUUUUCUCUGCAUAUUUUAUUUUUCGUAAAAAAAUUUACGAUCUAUUUUUUUAGCGUGAUAUAUCGUUUGAUUGCGGUAUCAAACAAGAAAAAUUUAAUUUCCUUGCGUUUUUAUUUUAUUUACACUCUAUUUAUUUGUUUCUGCCUUGUUUGCUUUUGUUUCUUUGUUCAAAGCGUCCCACUGGGUCACGUCCGUGACCCGUUCUCUUUCGGAUCUGAGCGUCUUUUUUCGUAUUUGACACACUUUUAUUUAAAAGUCUCUGUUCCACACGUGAACAAUGUCCUGCAUUCUUUCGACAAUGGCGAUGCUCGAUAAUCAUUUCUGAAUGAUACGAUUUCAAAGAACUCAGGGAAAAAAUGAUACGCGACUCUUUUUUAUUUAUCAUUCAUAAAAGAGAAUAAGAUCAAUUAUUUCUCAUUUUGUUGUUUCCCUAUUACAUAUCAUUUUUAUGUUAUUUUGAUCUUAAGGCUAGAAAGAUAUUUGAGAUUCAAUAUAAUCAUAAUCAAUCCUUGUUUUCUGGUAACGUUGUUUGAAGUGAUCACAAUAAUUAUUCAUAUUACUCUUGCGUUUAUAAUUUUAUACUUUAUUAAAUAUUUUUAAUACUUAAGUUAAACAACUAAUGACGUUUGUACAAAUUGGUUAGAAACAUUCUCAUUAAUGAAGUACGGACAAGCAAACAGUAUUAAAAUAUUUUGAGUAUUUAAUGAACGUAUAACCUAUAAUAAAAAGAUGUUAUCUGGAAGACCUCCUGUAACAGAAAAUCCUUUGGGGCUUUCUUGGCAUGAUAGCGCAUGGAUUCCAGUAUUAAAUCCAAACAACAUAAUGGAUUAUUUUUCUGAAAGAAGUAAUCCUUUCUACGACAGAACAUGUAACAAUGAAAUUGUUAAAAUGCAGCGUUUAAGUCCCGAUCAAUUACAAAAUAUGACUGGUCUCGAAUACAUUCUUUUACAUGUACAAGCACCUAUUUUGUAUGUAAUCAGAAAGCAACAUCGUCAUUCUCCUACUUUAGCAGCACCGCUUGCGGAUUAUUAUAUUAUUGCCGGUGUUGUAUAUCAAGCUCCUGAUCUAGCGUCAGUUGUGAGCUCUAGAUUGUUAUCUACAGUACACCACUUGCAGUCUGCCUUUGAAGAAGCUAGCUCAUGCUCAAGGUAUCAUCCUAGUAAGGGCUAUUAUUGGGAUUUCAAAAAUGGGAAAGCAUUGGCAGCAAAGAAGGAGACACCUGUUCGUGAAGAACCAAGUUCCUUGUUCCAGCGGCAAAGAGUAGAUAUGUUGCUCGCUGAACUUACACGGAAAUUUCCAUUACCUGUCCCAAAGCCAGUGCACCAAGCCAUAGAACCUUCAAUGGAAAUUAAACAAGAGAUAAAAACGGAAAAGAAAGACAUGAAACCACCGCCAGAGAAGAAACCAAAAGUUAAUUAAUAAAAGUUUAGAACGGUUGAUGAUAACAUAAGAUUAAUAAUAUUUUGUGUAUAUAUUGUAUUUUAUCUUAAUUUUUGUUUUACGAAAUACGUGUUUGGCAUUAUUAAAUAUAUUUUGAUAAACCACUGAAUUUGUACGAAAAUAAGAAAAAGUCUAAUACUUUGUCGUUUAGGUAGUAUUUUAUUUUCUACUGCGCCAUGGACAGUCUGGAUUAUCUAUUUCCUCUUUUAUAUUUAUUUUCAUCCGUGAGGAUUCUUUCCUCUUAAGCUUUCUUUUUUCAGUAUAUUUACCACAAAAGUUAGAAUCUGGAUAUUUAGUUGUUUCUUCGUCUGAUGGAGGCUGACGGGGAAAUCCUUGAUGCUUA